UCAUAAAAUGGAACGUUCCAGACCUGUCGUGAAAAAUGACAGCGUCUAAAAGUUUUAAACGUCAAAGUCUUCGUCUUUGAAAUGGUUACAAAGUUUUGUUUCUUUAGUUAAACUUUAAAUAAUAUACGACUGCAAACAAUGUCUAAUUAUAUUGAUUUAGUAAACAAAUUUGGUAAGGAUAGCACAAGAGCUGCUUGCAAGAAAUGCGGUUACGCGGGUCAUUUAACUUUUCAGUGUCGAAACUUUAUAAAAGUUGACCCAAACAAGGAAAUAGUUUUAGAUGUGAGUAGUACAAGCACGGACAGUGAAGAGGAUUAUGCCACGCCAUUACAAACAUUACGGGAAGCGGAAUUAAAGAAAAAAUUAGAACAGCUUAAAAAUAUGAAAAAGAAGACUAAAAAAAGGAAAAGAUCAAGUUCAACAAGUUCUUCAUCCACGGACACAUCCAGUACUGACUCAAGCGAUUCUGAGAGGCAAAGUAAGAAGAAGGGAAAAGAGAAAAAGAAGAGUAAAGAAAAGAAAAAGAAAUCAAAAAAAGCAAAGAAACACAAGAAGAGUAAAAAAUAGUUAAACAAAUUUCGAAUUAGAUAUAAUGUGUUCAUUGAAUCUGUUUUAUAAAAAAGACUGUACAACUAUUUUUAAAAUCAAUAAAUUAUGUGAUGAACUGCA